AAAAAGUGAGCUAGUGAGACUAUAAUUGUCUAUAAUUGGUCUAAAUAAUAUUUAUUUAUUUUAACUUGUCACCGUAAACUUUGUGCCCACGAAAAAGGGCACUGAAGUCCUGUUAGGAAGAUGAGAAAUUAUAUCAUUUAUCAAAUUAAAUAUUCAAAAUAAAGUAGCAGGAAAAAAGCGACAUAUAAUACAGGACGAUUUUACCACAAAAUAAACAUCAAUCAUGAAGACAUGUAAUUUAGGAAGAGAAAGAGGUGGUUUUAACAAGAUUUCGGGACUAAAUGCAUCACUAUAAUAACAUAUUCCAGGUAAAUGUGUUUUUUUGUUUUGUUUUUUUUUUCUUCCGCAAAAUGACUGUUUCGAAGCGCGCGAAACGCCACACGCUGGUGACGCCUGAUGGUCAAAACGGUGUAAAUGCAACGAAAACUCAGCCAAAAACAUCAGUAAUACACCUUUUAAAAACCAACUGCAAUUUUUUUAUUGAAGUGUCUGUAUAAUAUGUGCUAUUUUAUUAAAUAGUAGGGAUUGUUUAUUAGCUUAAUCGGACUAAUAACAAAAGUAUUAGCUAAAACUAUAUGCCACUAAUUUCUCUACAAAAGUAAAAAAAUAAAAAUAAUACAUGUAGACAUUAGUGGUUCAUGGGUACAGAGACCAUUGAAAUAAAGGUUUUGAAGCGCCAUUACUACAUCCAUGCACGUGAGGAAAGGAAACAAUAGGUGGCGCAAUGUGCCUAUGGUGUGGGAAACGCCAAAUACUCCAAAGAAGAAGAAGAUAGAGAAAGAUACAGCGGCAGAAUCCGUUGGUUGAACUAAAGGGAGCGAAAAUAUUCGCAGUAGAGCGAAAUUUUCUGGAUUAAUAAUGAAACGCAGCUACCCCGGCGAAGCUGAAAAAAGAAGAGACAAAAAAGAAUGUGGUCAAACACCCCAAAUUCUCCUCCUUCUCGUCACACAAACUCCACGGCUAUUGGUCAACACCGUCAGCGUUGCAGCAGCUCCAAUCCAAAGGACGAGUUUUACCUCUCUCCCGAGUCCGGCCCCGGAAAAUAACAAUGUGCCGAUACAUCGGACAAUACUGAGGCGAGGACAUGAUCCUCUUCUCUCCAUUGAGAAAUGCUCAAGCUGCUGCAACAUGUUCCACUGUGACUACUGUAAAAUGCUGCAUAAACAUUUACACGAGGCAAAAAAUCACGUUGCAAAUCAUCUUCGAAAUGCUGUUCAACAGGAAGGUUUUGUCAUCAUCAAGUGUGGUCUAGGCUGCAGACAAACGCCACAUUUUCACUGCUGCUACUGCAAGUCAACAUUAAUCAGAAAGGAUGCUCUGAUUAAACAUAUAACAACUUGUAAAAAUACAUCAGACAGACAGUCUCCACCCAUAGUGCCAGCAGCAGCACCACCGCCUCCAUCCACAUCAGAAGUACCUCCAUCCCGAGUAGAAGGACCUCCAUCCACAGCAGAAGUACCUCCACCAGAAGUACCUCCAUCCACAGCAGAAGUGCCUCCAUUCCCAGCAGCAGCAGCAUCAGCAGUAAGAUUACGUGUCCGGCAGCAAGUCAGGGUGGCUUGCCCACACUGCGACAUUCAAAUAAAUAAAAAGAACUUGCUGGUUCACAUAAACAGAAAACACAGUCACACCACUUUUCUGUGAAGAUUAGACUUCCAGUAAUACUGAGGAUGGAUGAUGUUUAUGUAAUUUUUUGUUGUUUUGUUUUGUAAAAUGUCUUGUUUUAACCUAUUAAAAUCUCAUGAAAAAUGUGUUCUUGAAAUAUACUAAAAUGAAAUUUAGUAUUUUAUUAAUAUCUUUCCGAGAUUAAAGAUUAUAUUAACUGCACAUUUUUCUGUUCGAGGUUAAUAUAAAUAAAUUCAGCAACAUUUAGUGUGGUGUAUUACAUUCAUUAAUCAGAUAUGAUUCGGAUAUAUUCAUAAAUAGCUUACAUAGCCUUAAAAAUAAAUUAAAUAGACUUAAAAACAAGACAGGGGCGCACAGAUUGCUGAAAAAUACUAGAGAAAGAUAAGGCAAUUUUAACUAUGCCAGCGUCUAAAAUUCCAUACAAGUUUCUCUUUUUUUGCUUCAAUAAACGUGUUUUUCAUUAGGUUGAAAUUCGCGCUGACGAAAGGCUUGUAAUAAUGUUAACAGCCAGUGAUGGCGCUUCACAAAGGUGGAGCUGGACGUCAAGCCCCGCCCAUUUGGCUCUGCGCCACUUGAAAAAAAAAGGUAUUGUCACGUGGUAGCCGUUAGUUUUCUCAGCGCUGUAUUAGGAUGAACCAAUCACAUCCUAUUGUGAUUAUUGGAUAAGAGGAAUAUUUAUAUUUUGAUAGAGUUCUGUGCGGAUUUCGAUGUAAUAAUCAUUUUAAAUUCUAUAUAUAAAACGAUUAUACUUUCUUGUGUCCAAACGUCUUCGAUAACCAUAGAAACGUCCUGUGAUUUGAAUGUGAGCCCUCAAAACGUUUUGCCUCGUAGUCACGGGUAAUUCCAGCAUUUGUACACCAUGUAGUUGAGUCACUGUAAUCAGUCGGAUGUGUUUUGAGUUGACUAGAAGCUGACAACACUGUUUAGAUGUUUCAGUUGUUUUCUUGACCGCCGCGCGGCGCCACAAACGCGAUUGUAAAGCUCACGCUAAACUGCGCUACUCUCAUUGUUCGAUCGUCACGUAAUGGAAAGAGUUACUGCGUUUUUGCUCAAAGUAAAGAAAUACUUUAUGAAAAACUCUUCACGGACCUGUUGAAUCAGCUCUCGAAGGAAAUACUAUGAAUACACAGCGAUUUGAACGGGAUCUGUGGAUUAUAAAGAUGCUUUAGAAGUACUUUUUGUUCUUUUGUUGGGGGAAUGCAAAGGAUGCGUUUAUUUCUCUAUCCGGGACGAAAUGCUGGUAUAAUGUUUUCAUCUGGAAUUUAGUUAAGCCGGAUUUGCAAAUCAACUGUUUGUUUGUUUUUUAAAAUAUUUUUACAGCAUGCAAGAUGGCUAAAACUUUAGUUAUUAUGAGGCACUGAACUGAAUGUGUUUGCCGGUGUCUCAGUUUAUGCUGGACGGGAUUUGUGGAUUUAUGGGUUUAUUUUUUUUGCGGCUGAAGAUUCUGGUUUUGUGGAAUAAUGAAACGACAUAAAUUAAGGGAAGUUGGAGAAUAACAACCGGACAGGGAGUUCCAACAUGUAACUCUUUAUCUACAAAUGUAGAAUAUCGGAUAUUAUUUCCGAGGAAAAUUAAGAUUCCUGUUGUCUUGUGGUCAGUAACUUUAAAAAGGCUUGAAGAUCUUUAUCUUGAAGAAUAUUAUUUACCAACAGCCUCAAAACUACUAGUUUUAUUAAAGUGCUAUGAAUAUGCUAAGAAAUACUGCUGUACUAUAUACUCAGUUAAGUUAUCGAAAAGCUUUUUGUUUAGAUUUCAUCUGUGCAGUCUGAUAUGAGGUAAGGGAACCAUUUUUUUUUUUUUUUUUUUGCAUCUGGCUUGCAAAAGUUACAAAAAUGUCCCUGAGAGCCAAAGCCCUCUACACUUUCCAAAGUGAGAACAAGGAGGAGAUAAGCAUCCAGGAGAAUGAAGAGCUGGUUAUUUUCGACGAGAACUCUGUGGACGGCUGGCUACAAGGUGAAAACAGCCGAGGACAGCGAGGUUUGUUUCCCGCCUCGUACGUCCAGAUCAUUCGGCUCCGAUCCGGGUCCAACCUGACGGAUCAAUCCCUCAGUUCACCUGGAAGCUCUCCUGGUAAGGAUUUGUCGUACAUCCACACACCUUCCACGACCUUGCCAAGUGACGACGAUGACGACUGGGACGACUGGGAUGAAACUUCAACGGUGGUUGAGGAUGAAGACCCUCGGAGAGGGGUGGGUGCCAAUGGGCAUUCCCAAAAUCCAUAUUCCAACCCCAAUGUCCACUACCGAGCCAAGCCGCACAUGGAGCGUCAGGACAGCAUGUCAAGCAACAGGAAGGGCAGCAUGGUGGGAAGAAACUUGAACCGAUUCUCCAGCUUCGUGCGCUCAGGUGUGGAGGCCUUCGUACUUGGUGACGUUCCCAUGAUGGCCAAGAUCGCCGAGUCGUACUCCAUCGAAAUGGGCCCCCGGGGGCCGCAGUGGAAGGAGAGCCCUCAACCCUUCUCCUGUUCCAUUGAAGACCCUACCAAACAGACGAAGUUCAAAGGCAUUAAGACGUAUAUCUCGUACCGCGUGACCCCCAGUCACACUGGCAGGCCAGUUUACCGCCGCUACAAGCACUUUGACUGGCUGUACAACAGACUACUGCACAAAUUCACGGUGAUUUCCGUGCCGCACCUCCCAGAGAAACAGGCCACGGGACGGUUCGAGGAAGACUUCAUCGAGAAGAGGAAGAGGAGGCUCAUUUUAUGGAUGGACCACAUGACCAGCCACCCUGUGCUGUCUCAGUACGAGGGUUUCGAACACUUCCUCAUGUGCGGAGAUGACAAACAGUGGAAACUCGGGAAGAGGCGGGCAGAGAAGGACGAGAUGGUCGGGGCUCAUUUCAUGCUCACCUUCCAGAUUCCCAGCGAGCACCAGGACCUUCAGGACGUGGAGGAGCGCAUUGACUCCUUCAAGGCGUUCGCCAAAAAGAUGGACGACAGCGUGAUGCAGUUGACGCACGUCGCAUCAGAACUAGUCCGCAAACACCUUGGAGGAUUCCGGAAGGAGUUCCAGAGGCUGGGGAAUGGAUUCCAGUCCAUCAGCCAGUCGUUCCUGCUGGACCCUCCUUACAGCUCGGACGCCCUGAGCAACGCCAUCUCGCACACAGGCCGCACCUACGAGAACAUCGGGGAGAUGUUCGCCGAGCAGCCCAAAUACGACCUGUUUCACAUGCUGGAUAAACUGUCGCUGUACCAGGGCCUGCUGUCCAACUUUCCAGACAUCAUCCACCUGCAGAAAGGUGCUUUUGCAAAGGUAAAGGAGUCUCAACGUAUGAGUGAUGAGGGAAAGAUGGACCAAGAAGAAGCAGACGGCAUUCGUAAACGCUGCAGGACUGUGGGAUUCGCCCUGCAGGCUGAGAUGAACCACUUCCACCAGCGCAGGGAGGUGGAUUUCAAAGAGAUGAUGCAGGCGUACCUUCGCCAACAGAUCGCCUUCUACCAGCGCGUAGGUCAGCAAUUAGAGAGAACCCUUCGCAUGUACGAGAGCCUCUAGAGCCUGACCUUUGGCCUCUGGACCGUAAUGGAGAUACAACUCUCCUGUGGACGGAUAUACGAACACUUUUUUUUACUCCCAGAGUUGGAAUUUUUGAAUUCCAGACAGGAUUAUUUGCAAGAGAAACAGGACAUUCUCGCUUCUGCACUUAAAAAUGUCACUUUGAACUCCAGAAACCAACAAUACAGUUGCCUUUGAUAAACCAUACAUGUAUAUUGUAUCUUCAUGUUUUGAAUUUUAUUUAAAUGCCUGUUAGAUCAGUUUUUUAGAUUGCCUGCUAGAUCAACUUUUUUCAUAUUUGUCAGUUGUGCGAAUGACGUUACCUGUGUGUUAGCAGGUGCAGACGCUAGUCAGACUCCAAAAAAAGUUGUUUACGCAUUAGCUUGCUAAAACACAACUAUCUCUUGAAACAUCAAAUUGUGACACCGUGUCUUAUCCAGGCGCAAUGCAAAAAAAAAAGUGUCAAAUGCUGAACGUUAAAUUUUCUGUUUAUGUGUUGUGCCGAGUUGCUCCGCCCACACUGAAAUCUCAUUGGUCCAAAAACCUGUUCCAGUUCACUGUAUAUAGAGUGCAACAAUCGGGUUUCAGAAGUAAAAACUUCAUUCAUUUUCUCCAUAGGGAAAUAACUUAUAAAUCUUUAAAGACAUACUGUGAGCUACGAGAUUGUUAAUAAAUGGUAUUUGCUUCUGUUGAAGCCGUCAGCCCGCAUUAUUUUAAAAUCGUGUUUAACAGCGGAAUUCGUGGUAAAAAACUACAUUACCCAUGAUGCUGUACAGAAAAUUCCACCAAUCAGAGUCUCUACAAGCAAAAUGUGCCAAAUUAGCUAUUUAGCUCCGCCCACUCCUGUGAAUAUAUAUACAUAUUAUAUAAUCAACAUAAUAUAUAUAUAAUCAACAUUUUAAAAAUGAGUGUUAGAAAUUGAUUAUGCUGUUCGCAAUGCUUCAUGGGAUUGUAGUUCUUUCCCUCACUAAAGCCAUUAUGUACUCAGUCCUGUACCUUUAUUGCUUCAAAUCAAAGUUUUAAUGUUGUGAUUCACCUAGUCAUGGCUUAUAAUGCUUAAACAAAGACUUUUUUAAAAUCCCUAUAGGAAAAAUGAAUGGGAAAAACACCAAAAGUGGGCGGGCACUGUUGCACUCUUAUUAAAGACAAAAUAUGUUCUGAUUAGCUGGGAUUUGUUGCAACAUUUCGCUUUUAGUGACGAUAGAAAAAUUACUUGACGCUUCAAACGUUCAACUGCUAAAUUAGUUUGGACUAGAUGAGCAAGAAUUAAACCCACAUAGCAGGUUCAUGUGGCUUCUGCUCACUUCCAGGAAGUUUAAUUAGAUAACACGUUAAUCCAGCUCCCCUUCAGGCAGAAGAUUCUUGAGUUUACGCGAAGGUAUGUUUUCUGAUCUGAUACAGCGAGAGUCAUAUGAUAUUCAUCAGCGAUUCAGAUGAAUCACAGCAGGCUUGACCGCUGUACGGUCCUAAUUUCUUCUGGUGUUAUUAAGACAAAACAUGUUUUUGUGAAUUCCUGGGCAAGAAUCCCCACCCAGAGAUUCUGUGUAUCAGAUGGAAACACUUCAGUAUUAGCAUUAGCAUUUAGCCUAAAUGUUUGUUCAGGGUGUUUCAAAGGCAAAAUGGAGCUCAUAUCCUCCUCUUCUCCUUUUUGUGUGCCCUCAGGAAAAAACUUGAGAGGACUUUGAGCUUAUGUUAAUGGGUUUUGUUUUAAUUUCCUCAAAAGUAGGCUAAUCUUUAUUUUUAGUUGCUAGUUUUAAGGGGUACAGUGGUUUAUGUAAGUCUCAAGGCUGCAAUCUGUGGUUAAGAGUUGUGAUUUUUUACAAUGCUUUUGGUUUAACUGUAAAACUUGUCUCAAGUUUCAGCUUGUAAACUUGGAUGUUUACUGUUUGCACACUUAGUAACUGAGGACCAAAAUGUAAACCUUUGGUUUUACCAAUGUUUUACUAUAAACAUACUAAAAUCGGAGCAGGUUUGGGCACAAGCAAUGUAGUAAUAAAUAAUAGCCAACAUGAAAUCAAAAUUGACCGUUUACUUUCUUAAUACACAUGAAUGCUGUUUUUUCAAUGGAUGAAAUCAAAUUUAACAUUUAAGUUUUGGCGCUCUAGCGGUUAAUAAACAGAACUAAAAGCGUCUUGCGGAAGAACAUUGUAGCCGGAGCUACUUCUCUAUUUAUGUCUAUGACGAGUCACGCAGACACUGUGCUACUCCGCAGUGGUACGACCCGAAUCAGUCUAAAAUAGUCCGAAUAUAAACACUUAUUAUAGGUGUACCGUAGCGAUUCAGGAUAAGACAAAAACACGGUUUGGAAUAUUGAUUCAUGGUGUACUCGCUCAUAUAUUUUUUUGUAAAUUUUGAACACAAAAAAGUUAUGGACAGCAGCUUUAAUAUCAAAAUAUGUUGUAUUAUUAAAGUAAAAUGGGCUGCGAGCAGCAUUUUAUGUUGACUUUAAUGUGAUCCCCGUGAAGAAUAUUUUUAAGAACUGACCGCUCCUGUGGUUUGCAGAAGUUGUUUUGGUGUCCAGAUGUUUAUGUGCCCACAGAAGGAUCUGGUCAUCGCUUUCGAAUCAGUUAAAGCAACACUGAAACAUCCCGUAGGGGAUUUCUUUUCUGGUAAAGCAGGGGGAAAAUGCACAUAAACAAAAUCCUCUGCUCUUAAUUAUCUGGAAAACGUUGGAACGCAAACAGACGUGUGUCAGGGUUGCGUGUGUCCGCUUGGCGACUUCACACAAAUUCCGGGGUACAGCUGAGCUCAAACGCACAGCAGAGUUCCUCACGCGUUAGUCAUACCAAAGCAAAGACGGUUUUCCAUGACUGGGCUAAUCCAAAUAUUCCCUUUUCUUAAUGGUUUUCUUGCGUUUCGUACUACAGUCAACAGCAAUGUCACAUCAGAAGAUGGAUUACACACAUUCAUAGAGACAAAUCAAGCAAAUAAGAACAACAACUGCAGAAAUGGACACCAUACGUUUCUUGAGGUAACAGUAGACCUCACACAGAUGAUUUUGGACUCUGUUAGGACGUGUGAAGCCGCGUCCAGCACAUUGCUCUGUGUUUACUCACUGUAAGGAGGACAGUAGAAUUUAUAUAAUGUGUAGAUUUUACACUUUUACACAAUUCUGGUGUUCAACAGGGGAUCUGAAUAAAGAGAUCUCAAAAUGGA